AUGUCCUCAUCUGCCCAACGUCUUGUGUCCAUUGUGACAGGUUCUUCGAGAGGUAUCGGAUUUCACAUUGCAAAACAGUUGGCUCUCCAUCAUGGCCAUGCUGUCGUUCUCACUGGAUCCAAUGUUGAAAAGUUAAAGCAAGCUCAUGAUGAGAUUUCAAAAGAAGGAGGUGUUUGUUCAUACGUGUGCGUCGAUUUAUCAAAGCCAAUUAGUGAUAAUAACCCUCCUCAUCCUCCCGCUUUUGAUAUUUUCCAACACGCGAUGGAACAACAUUCCAAAAUUGAUCGUUUGGUUUGUAAUGCUGCCACUUUGGGAGCGAUUGAAAAAAUUGGUGAAUGGGACACUCAACAUUUGACUCAAGGACUAUAUGCAGCUUAUCAAGUCAAUGUUCUUAGCGCCAUUCAGUUGUGUCAUUACUGUUUACCAGAAUUGAGAAAAUCACGUGGUAAUAUUUUGUUUGUGAGCAGUGGUUUGGCCAGUAAGGCCUUUGAAGGAACAGCUAUUUAUGGAACCUCAAAAGCUGCCAUGAAUCAUUUUGCUGCUUAUUUGGAUUGUGAAGAAAAAUUGUAUGCUCAAGGGUUUGGGAUAUCUGAAAAGGAUCGCGUUAAAAUUGUUUCUGUCAAGCCUGGAAUUGUUGACACUGACAUGCAAGCAGAUAUAAGGAGAAUUGGUAAGGAUAAGAUGAAUGAACAUGCCAUGUUUGUUUCUAUGCAUGAAAAUGGAAAGUUGGAAAGUGCAGAAAAACUUGGUAAGAUUUUGAGUAGUGUUGUUUCUGAUUUACCUCUGGAAUGGAGUGGAACAUUCAAGUCCUAUCAUGAAGAAGAUGUGCUAUCUCUCUAUAAGAAGAGUUAUGAUUUGUAA